CUGCACCAGCUACCACGGCGACAACUGCAGCAGCUACCACGGCGACAACUGCAGCAGCUACCACGGCGACAACUGCAGCACCCACCACGGCGACAGGUGCAGCUUCUACAACAUCAAAAGCAGCUCCAACAAUGACAACUGCAGAUCCUGCAACAAUAUUUGUUGCUCUUACGACCAAUACAGCAGGAACACCUACAGCAACAACUGUAGCUCCUUCAACAAUAAUAUCUGUAGCUCCUACAACAACAACUACUUCAACUGAAGCUCCGACAACCACACCUACUACGAAGGCUACAACUGAAGCUCCUACAACCUCCACAACAGCAACACCUUCAACAACAACUGCAGCUCCUAUGACAACUGCAGCUCCUACGACAACAACUGUAUCUCUUUUUACCACUAAAACUGCAGUACCUACUACAGCUCCUACUACAACUGUAGCCCCUACUACAGCAACACCUGCAACAACAACUGCAGCUCCUACAACAACUGCAGCUCCUACGACAACAACUGUAUCUCUUUUUACCACUAAAACUGCAGUACCUACUACAGCUCCUACUACAACUGUAGCCCCUACUACAGCCACAACAGCAACACCAUCGAAAGCCAUUGCAGCUCUUACUACAACAGCUGUAUAUACCACAACAAAUACAACUGGAGCACCUGCUACAGAAACUACAAUUGCACCAACUACGACAACCACAACCUCUCCUACUAUCAACAGCAUCAUAGAAGCUCCUACUUCCACAACCAUAACUGAAGCUUCUAUAACCACCACAACUGUAUCUUCUACUAUGACAACCACAACUUCAGCUGCCAUAAUGAACACUACAUAUGCAGCUCCAACAAUGGCAACUCCAGCUCUUACAACCACCACCACCACCGUAGCUUCUAGCAUGGCAAUUCAACCUGCAGGUCCUACAACAACGACCACAACUGUUUCUCCAACAAUGACUACAACACCUACAAGUACAACCACAAUUGUACUUCCAACUUUUACCUCAACUUCUAUGGCUUCAGUGACAUCAACAACCAGAUUUGGCACAGUGAUGGUUUUUGUUAGGCUGGUGUUCCAGCUCAACACACCAGUCCCCACUGAGGAGGAUGUCCUUGGUGUCAUCAACAAGCAACUGUCUCGCCAAUUGAACAUUCAGAGAAACACUCAAACCACCUUCCAGAAUGCAACUUAUAUCAAACUUACACAUACUUCAUUUGCCAUCGAUCUUGGUUUCAAAAUAACCAAUGUCACCAUGGAUUCUCGAAGAGAUAGACUCACAUUCACCAGUGAGACCUACAACAAGAUACAGGAUUCAAUUAACAGCCUACUCAAUGAUAUUCUUAGUAAACCAGAUGGCAAACAAUUUGUCUUUCCCAAUGCCAACUUUACUAUUGUUGGCACUCAAAUCAGGGCAGACAUGAUGUAUGUAUACAAAGAGGAAGACAUCAAUUUCCCUAGUGCUUUUCUAGAGGAAGUCUUAAAAGUCUCAGGUCUCCUAACAACCACGGUUACCCCAACAACUACCAGCACCACACCACUUCCUACCCUUUUGCUGACCACUACUUUCAAUACCACAAGUGAUGGAGGUUUUCCUGGCUGGGCUCUGGCCAUUAUCAUCCCUUGUGGCAUCGCUAUCAUUCUGGUACCCCUGUGGAUCCUGCUAUGUUGCUUGCUAUGUGGCUGUUGUGCAGCUGUAAGGAGACGCUGGCACAGACGUAGAUCUUACAAUGUACAGUACACCACCAGAAACGGAUUCCUGUGAGGUGAC